AUGACGGAAUACCCUUUAACGAACAACUCCCCCGUCACCCCAGAGGCGGCCACGGCGGCUACGAAUACGAAGGAUACGCGGACGCUGGACCUCCUGUUAGAAAACAGAUGGGAUAUCAAUGAAUCGCUCAGCCCCGCGACUCUGUCCGCAUUAGCGCUCGUUGUUGAUGAAGAAGACCCGUCACUGACCUCCUGGCUCCUAGACCGCGGCGCAUCUCCGAGUACUCAGUGCGCACUAGACCUGACGCCGCUCCCCAUCGCCGUCCAGUUCUCGCCUCUGUCCAUCAUCCAGUCUUUGUUCGACCACGGAGGCGAGAUCAAAUGCUACUACAUUACGCCGGCCGACGAGACUUGCCGGAUCAACUAG